GGAAGUUCUCUUGUUAAUUCGACCCGUCCGUCUGUCAGCAGAAAUUGUCGUUUCUCUCCGUUUGUCGGUUUGUCACGCACUCUCGCGACAAACGACCAUCUUUUCGACACGGGUUUAUUCGGAAUCGCCAUUCAAGGAAUUUUUCAUUUUGACAGUUUAAUCGUAAGAAUCAGACGAUAUCGAUUAACCGCGGGUAUCGGUUUCGCUAAGCUGUCCGCGACGUCGGAAUUCAUCCGGGGAUUCUCGCAGCGGCAGUAUAUAUUCGCAUUUCAACAUGUUUAAUCGUGACCGAGAUCAGAGUAGGGGCCGUCGCGGUGGUGUUGUUAGCAGAGGCACUAGCAGAGGUGGCAAUGAUAAUGGACGUGGACACAUUAUCAGCCGAUUUGGCACGCGUGGUAGAGGGAGUACCAGUAAUGUAAGAGGUAGUUUAAAAGGGAAACAACCUGGUGGUAGCCUAAGGAAAGUAAAUUGGGAUCUACGUAGCCUGGAACCACUACGCAAGGACUUUUAUGUUGAGCACCCAGCAGUUAGAAAUAGAUCUAAGGAAGAAGUAAGCCAAUUCCGGGAGAAUACAGAAAUAACCGUGAAGGGUGAAAAUGUUCCUAACCCUAUACAAUAUUUUGAGGAGGGAAAUUUUCCUCCUUACGUAAUGGAAGGCAUUCGUAGACAAGGAUAUUCACAACCUACUCCAAUUCAAGCUCAAGGAUGGCCUAUUGCCCUCAGCGGCAGAGAUCUUGUCGCGAUUGCUCAGACUGGCUCCGGGAAGACUCUUGGAUAUAUUUUGCCUGCAAUUGUGCAUAUCAUACAUCAACCGCGCCUGAGCAACGGAGACGGCCCGAUCGCUUUGAUCUUAGCCCCGACCAGAGAAUUAGCUCAACAGAUUCAAGAAGUAGCCAAUUGCUUUGGCGAGUCAGCGGACGUGAGGAACACCUGCAUUUUCGGCGGCGCACCGAAAGGACCACAAGCGCACGAUUUAGAUAGAGGCAUUGAGAUAUGCAUCGCCACCCCGGGUAGACUAAUAGAUUUCUUAGAAAAAGGAACUACGAAUUUACGUAGGUGUACGUACCUAGUACUUGACGAAGCUGACCGGAUGCUGGACAUGGGAUUCGAGCCCCAGAUACGAAAAAUAAUCGAGCAAAUACGUCCCGACAGGCAGGUGCUAAUGUGGUCGGCGACGUGGCCUAAAGAAGUCCGCGCGCUCGCGGAAGAUUUCUUGACGGACUACACUCACCUCAACAUCGGCUCGCUGACGUUGUCGGCGAAUCACAAUAUCACGCAGAUCAUCGACGUCUGUCAGGAAUUCGAAAAGGACUCGAAGCUGUUCAGGCUGCUGCAGGAGAUCGGCAAUGAGAAGGAGAACAAGACUAUCAUAUUCGUGGAGACCAAGCGCAAGGUGGACGAUAUCACGCGAAACAUCCGGCGCGACGGCUGGCAAGCGCUGAGUAUACAUGGCGACAAGAAUCAGCAGGAGAGGGAUCACGUGUUGCAGGAGUUCCGUAGCGGAAGAGCGCCAAUUUUAGUCGCGACCGAUGUGGCUGCCAGAGGUUUGGAUGUGGAUGAUGUGAAAUAUGUGAUAAAUUUCGAUUAUCCAUCCUCAUCGGAAGACUACAUACACAGAAUCGGGCGAACCGGACGCAGACGGCAAACCGGCACUGCGUACGCCUUUUUCACGAGCCACAAUAUGAAACACGCAGGAGACCUCAUAGAAGUGUUACGGGAAGCGGGCCAGAAUGUAAAUCCGCGUCUCAGCGAAAUGGCGGAGAUGGCGAAAGCGGGCAAUUUCAGCGGUAGAAACGGAAAACGUUUCGGCACUUCUUCUGGCAUCGGCGGUGACAGAAGUAGUAUCCGAAGAGGCAGUAGUGACGGUAGAGGAAGAGGAGGUGGUACUUCAGGGAGAGGGAGAGGCGCUUCUCGCGUUGGGAAUUCUUACCCGCCUUCUUCAAGCGUUUACUCGGGACCAGAUUACAGUAGUUAUAACACUAUGAAACCAAGUGGUUCCGCUAUAGGUCAGAACGCAACGUACGGAUACAGCACGCAGAGAAGCUACGGGCAGGCCAGUAUGCCGCAGAGUUACGGGGGUGGUGAUAAUUAUGGAAAUGGUUAUCCGUACAGGGGCGCAACUUAUUAAUCGCGUUUUUAAUGUUUCCAAUUGAUAGCACGUAAUCACUCGAUGGUAUAUACUAUGUCCACGUUUAGUUAGUCUGACUCUGUGGUAAAAUUUAUGAUAGAUUAAAAGGAAAUGGGCGCAAGAAAGUAAUGACGCGUUCGACGAGUGACUGUACCACUCUGUACUGUCCAGUGAGUAUUAACGAUUGCAAAUUGGCAAUGACAUAUUUGUUGAAUAUAUACGUAAUGUCAAAAGCGCGAUUUGCGUAUAUCGAAUUUAAGCGCAUCGGAACUUAAGGGAACCUCGAUGUAGUUUUAAUGCGUUCGUAGCUGACUUAGCGAGGAAAGUAUAAGUUCCUAUGCAGUAUCAAGCUCGUAUUAGUAUCAUCAGUUAAAGCCGAGUACUCCCCGAGAGAUACUCAGAUCUGAAUGCAGACUUUGAUCGGAGUUUUUCAGUUGAAUUAUAACGCUACACGUGACACUAUAUUUGUAAUCGCGAUUCAACUGAAAGAUUCUUAUCUGACUCGAAAUUCAAAUGUGGAUACGAUCACGCGUGCGAUAAAUUUUAAGUGUCGAUUAUUAAUACGAGCUUCGAAGUGCUAUCACUUAAAAGCCAAAGUGUUUAUUUAUUUAUUGAUUGUUCCUAAAUAAUUUUAAAUUUCUUGUUUUACACAUAGCGUUUUACAGGUUUUUUUUUACAUGGUCCUGUAAAACACGAUCAGUAUUAUAUGUGUUGUGUGAAGAAGAGAUAUAAGGAUGUUCACAGAGAACUGUUCAAAUUGAAGCUAUUUGCAUUACAAUGUUCCGACCAAAGAUAUUUUUUGUAGUUAUCUGAAUUUAUAUUAUGUUACAUAAUAUAUUUUAGAUCGUACUGUUAACGUAUUUCUUUCAAUUACAAAUUUUCUCAUGAUUUCGAACUUUUUUUUCCAUGGAAAGAUUGACGAUCUCAUCAUAUAUUUAAUGCGCUAUUUAAUUUUUGCGUUUUGGCUAUUGAGAGUGUUUGUAUAUUUAUGAUUUAUUUGCAUUUUGAAAUUUUACUCUCAAGGCUUUUUCAAGUCAAGAACUGGAGCUAUUACUGAAUUAGACAUUUUGUUGAACUGCGACGGGUUCGCGAAUUUGACAAUGAAAUUGUGGAAGAAUAAUAAGGUCGUAUAUGGUACGAUGAUCUAUACAUAAAUAUAUUAAUAUUAAUUAACAUUAGUAUCACAAUUAAUGUCAAUUGUAACAUAUAAAAAAUUAUUAUAUUUUAACAUUAUAUGAACAUCCUUGUGUUAUCUUAAUAAGACUGGUGUAAAUUCUAUUCUUCACGACUAUAGUUGCGUGAUUUUAGACAAUCGACUGAGUAAUACGUUAACUGUUCUCAUUAAUUGUGAUACUAUCGAAUAGGUUAAUAAGUUAGAUUGACAAUUGUUUCCUUUUGUAAUAGCUGUGAUAUAUCAAAUCCGUAGCUCAGCGUUAAGAUAUGAUAGAAACUUGUAUGGACCUUCAUAUGAAAGAAGGGACAAAGAGUGUUCAAACCGUAAAGGGUGGCCUCUUUUAACUUUUCGUAACUACGAGUCUAUUAUAUGCAUUCUCUGACCACAUUAUCCAAAUCUGUGUUUCGUUGUUUGUUAUAUAGUUUUAUGUUAUAGAGUUAAUAAAAUUAACUUUCUCGCUU